AUGUGUGCUUGUCAAGCAAAAAGCGUGAUCUACGACUCAAUAUUACGAAAAAACGGUUUCAUUCUCGAACGGGGUGAGAACAUUCUUUCUCGGGCCCAGGCCAACCCAGCCACAAAGGGCCGCCAGCAGUUCAGCCUUCAGUCCGAAGGUCCAUACCACCCCACUGCGACAAACAUGAUAGUGAAGAAAAAGACAGGAAAAGCAAAAAGCUGCCAGGCACGGCAAAAGGCUCGUGCCUCUCCAUUGAUAAACACCGUGAAUCAGGUUUUCAAGAUUCCGAACGCCACCGGGAUUCCAUCACACGGAACCAUCAUGCGCGGAUAG